AUGAGUGUUCUCGGGUACCCAGAUGCGUUCGACGCGCCGGAGCUUCAGGUGUGGAACAACGCCGCCUUCGACAACGGCGAGUCCGGAGACUCCGCCGCCGCCGCCGUCAAGGCGUCUUGGUCGUCCGUCAACCCCGUCUUCGUGAAGCUCUCCGACUCGCUCGAGUCCGACGACUUCAGCAAGGAAAACCGGAGCCCCGAGUGCGCCAAUUCCCAGAUUUCCCUCAAAUCCUCCGCCCCUUCCAAGAUCCAGUGGAAGCAGGGCGUGCUGGAGCCCCUGUCGGCCAAAGCCGGAGAUCGAGACGACAAGGGCAGGACUAUCGAUGCGGAGAUUGAGGAGAUUGAGAAGGAGAUCACGCGCCUGUCGUCGAGGCUCGAGGCGCUUCGCCUCGAGAAGGCCAAAGCCGGGGACGAGAAGAAGCCCCGCGGGAGAGUCGUCGCGGCCAAGUUCCUGGAGCCGAAGCAAGUGGCGGGGAUCGGAAGAGAUCCGGAUGCGGCGAAGAGGAUCGAGGAGACUCCGCUGUCGAGCGCGAAGCCUAAAUUGAACCGGAGAGGGCUCAGUCUGGGGCCGGCGGAGAUCGCUUCGAGCGCCGGCAAAUCGCGGCCCUCGAUGAAGGGAGAGAUCACUCCCGGCCUGUCGAUACAGAACCGGAGGAAAUCGUGCUUUUGGAAGCUGGAGGAGAUCGAUGAAUUGAAAGUCACGAAGGAGAGGAGGAAGAGCAUGAGCAUGACCACGAGCCCCGGCAAUGCGCGCAAGACGUUCCCCAAGGUUCAACCUCCGAAGCAAGCGGCGACGACCGCGGCGUCCAGGAGGUUCACGAAGAAGGAAGAAGCGAUAAUCGCCUCGAUCCAGCCCAAACGCCUAUUCAAAGACGGAGAGAAAUCUGCGUCUGCGAAGAAGCCAGGGAAGCCGGGUCGGGUAGUGGCGAGCAGGUACAACCAGAUGACCGCGAGCGCGGCGAGGAAGAGGUCGUUCCCAGAAAACAACAACAAGGAUGAGGGCGAGAGGGUCGACAAAAGGCGAGCUUCGGGGGGGUUGAAUGCUCCGGCGAACGAGAGCAGAGUGAAGAAGAAGUGGGAGGUCCCGAGCGAAGUGGUAGUCUACGAAAGCAAGAAGGAAGUUUCGGCAGCAGCGGCGCAGACGGAGACGCCGUCGUCGAUCGGGAGGAUCAGCAGCGUGUUGCCGAAGAUAAGGGCGGUGCGGGGCGUGAAAGAGAGCCCGAGGGAUUCGGGAGCUGCGAGGAGAGUGGCUGAUUUGGUCGGAAAGAGGAAUUACUUCGGCGGUGGCGGCAAUGAGGAGGAGGCAGAGUUGCAGAUGCAGAUGUCAUUUUGUCAGGCUUUAAGCUUCAUACAAGAUGAUGAAGAUGAAGGUGAUGAAUGA